CACAGCUUCGAGACGUCAUAGCCCGUACUUCCCCACUGUCCACGGGUGUUCCGCUCGGUCCAGUCAGCUGUCGCAGUGAUAUAAAAGGAAAAGCUACCAGCUGCAGCUACCACAGCCCCGCCAGACUCUCAACAGCAGUUAUCGGCUACCAACUUCAACGAUGUCCAGGGUCCUCUUUUUGUUUGUCAGUGUUGCCACUAUUAUGGUUUUAAUUACACUAAACGAAGUGUCCACCAGCAGCCCGAUGUGUUACGAAGUGGGAAAGAAGUGCCCUACAAGCCCAAGCUUCUGCUGUGGUGGUUGCUGCAAGAACGGCUUUUGCAUCAAGUAUGAUGACAAUCCUGAUUACUGCGCCAACAACCCCUGUGCCAUCGAGUACUGUCCCCAGGGGCAGGAGUGUCACGUCGGAGAGCCUCUGGCGUGUUCUGGUCCCCCCUGCAGGAAAUCCACGUUCUGUAAACCCAAACACUAGCAGGAGGAACGUCUUUGGCGCCCAGAGCAACAGUCGACGCAUUGCGUCGGCACGCGUCGAUACCGGAGGACACCUUCAAACCCAUCAUUAAAUUAAUUCUCAGCUGUAUGAAAGAUUCACGUCGUAUAUCUUCAUAGUAACGAUGAUUUUGUAAAAAAUAAAUAUUUGUGUCACCUGUACCAAUGCUUCUGUGAAAAUAUAACCAAAUCGCAUCCUCUC